GAUGAAACUGAAAAUAGAGACUUUUGUCUAGGCUGCAGUGUGCAACAUUCACACACUCUUUUGCAUCUCGGUCCUCAUCUGUUCAGCGUUGAAUAUGGGACAUCUCACAUUCGUGGCUGUGAUAGCAGUGCUCUUCACUCUCUUCACUGAAACUGAAGCAAGUGCAUUUGUUUAUAACUAUGAAAGGCUUCGAAUCGCAGGUCUGAUCUGUUCAGGCCUUUUAUUCUUCGGAGGAGUUGGCGUUUUGCUAUACAACAAGUGCUCCAGGCGCUCCAAGAAAGUGGAAGAUGACAGCAGUGAAAUCUGAUAUGGAACCAGACAAACCGGUUUCCACGUGGGAGAAAGAAGAACAAACAGGAGAGGGGUGGAGAUUGGAGGAAACUAUUUUAGGUUAAUCUGCACAUUUCUGGGUGAAAAAAAAAAUAUAUAUUUGGUCAAGAAGUCUUACCUUGUAUUGUUUGUCUAAGGUGCUUACAGAAGAUCAGAGUACUGCAAAAUGCAAUAAUGACAGUUGCUCACAUGUACAGUACACCAUAUUGCAUGAAUUGAAUUUUUUUUAAGAGCCUGUUCGCUGUGGUCAAGCAUUUCAAGAAGAGAAAGGAUGUAUCCAGUGAAAUUAAAUAAAAUGUGCUUUUAAAAUUUGA